AUUUCAGCUUUGUUCUCUUUCCUACCUUGAUUCCCAUUUGGUUUAUACUUUAUUUUAGAAUCCUUCAAAAUCUCUUCCAUCUGGCAAUGGGGCAAAUUUAUUUGCAGUUUUUUAUCCUCUUUAUACUUUCUAGUUCGUGCACAAUCUCAUUGCAAGCGUCGAUAAACGAAAAGCUUGUCAAUAGGGAAGUAAUACGCUCUAUUGAUAUAUCGAGUCAAAUUGUUAAGAGCAAUGUAGUUAUAACUCUGGAAAAUACUGGUGAAUCAUCAGAAAAGCAGUUUCACGUUCUAGUCGAUGCAGUUCUCUCAAACUAUCUGGCCUACAUUAGUGCAACGGUUGAGGCUGACGAUGCAAAGUCGAAUAAUUUAGACGUGGAAGAGGUGCGAACUGAAGAAUUUGGUGCCAACAGAGGAUUUGAAGUUACCUUGCCUAGUCCACUUUCAUCUGGUAAAUCCAUGAAAGUAAUUGUUGAUAUGGUGUUCUCUCAUGCCUUGAGAGCUUUUCCUGAGAAAAUUGGUCAGGCAGAAAAACAAAAUGUUGUUUUCGAAGGAAACCAUUAUUUCUUAUCACCAUACAAUACUGUUAAACAAACCACAACAGUAAAACUAGCAUCGUCGACUGUGGAAUACUACAGCAAAUUGAAGCCCGCUACUCUAGAAGAAGAAACAUUAACCUAUGGACCAUAUGAAAACAUUGCACCUCUUCAGAAAAGCAACAUGAAAAUUCAUUAUGAAAAUAAUUCUCCAUUUUUGACUGUUGUGAAUAUGGUCCGUACAAUUGAAGUAUCACACUGGGGCAACAUUGCAGUCGAAGAAACUUUCCACAUAAAACAUACUGGUGCAGAAUUGAAGGGAACAUUCUCAAGAUAUGAUUAUCAAAGAAGUCAAACAUUUGCUGUGAUAAAAUCUUUCAAAAGUGUCUUACCUGCUUCUGCUGCUGAUGUUUAUUAUCGUGAUGAAAUUGGUAACAUCUCAACAAGCAAUCUUCUGGCCAUGGAUGAUUCAGUUGAAUUAGAGAUUCGACCUCGUUUCCCGUUAUUUGGUGGUUGGCAAACACGCUACUAUGUCGGUUAUAAUGUUCCAAGUUAUGAAUAUCUUUUCAAUAAAGGUAAUAGCUACGAAUUGAAGAUGAGAUUUGUUGACCAUAUUUUUGACGACUUUAUUGUGGACCAUUUUACAUUACGAAUUAUUUUGCCAGAAGGAUCCAAGGACUUAGACAUGAAACUUCCUUUUGAAGCCACCCAUGGGCAAAAAGAGCUUCAUUUUACCUAUCUUGACACAUUCGGGAGACCUGUGGUUGUCUAUCAUAAGAACAAUUUGGUUGAACAGCACAUUCAAGAAUUUGAGCUCAAGUACGCAUUCAACAAAAUUUUGCUUCUCCAAGAACCUUUGUUGCUGGUUGGUGCUCUAUACCUCAUGUUUUUGGCAGUGAUCGUUUACGUACGAAUGGACUUUUCGAUCACAAAGGACGCAGCUCAGGAAGCACGUCUUCGUGCUGCUGGUCUGGUCGAAGAACUUCUUGGACUUUUGGAUCAGCGCAGACGUUUGUACGACUCGUAUAAUGAUGCUGUGAAUAGAUUCAAGGCAGGAAAAGAUGCUGCUGCAUUUUUGAUUGCUCGAAAGAAGAUUGAUAGUGAUUAUCGCGGCGUUAAUAGCAAGAUUGCAGAACGACAAGCUGCGCUAGCCAAGGAUCAGCCAGACAGCGCAGACAAGAUCACUGAGCUGCAACGAAAGGAAAGUGAGCUGAAGCGCCUCAUGGAUGAUGCCAUUGUCUUGGCUCAAAAAGUUGUUGAUGGAAAGAUAAGCAAGCAAGCCUAUGUUGAAAACGACGAGGCAAAUGCGGCUAAACGGGAGAAACUUGGUCAAGAAAUCGAAGCCAUCCAAGAAAGCCUCUAAAUCUGCAAGACCGUUGACUUAAGUAGUCACAAAAUGAUUGUAUGCAGUUGGUUAAUGUGAAAUUUUUAAAGUAUUUCCAGUAAAAGUCGAUGAACUCAA